CCAGCCGCGAAUUCGAAAGGCGGCCAGUUGCUGUUCGCGCGUCGUCAGCGCCGCGUCGCGAGUACACCCGAUCGUACUACGGAGCUGGACCGGCGUCGAACGAGAAAAUAGAAAUCCAGCGAGGGUGGCCGGGAUGUUGAACGCCGCCGCCGCGAGACACCAUGGAAGCGUUCGGAUGCUACGACGAGAACCCCGUGGAAUAACGAGGAUGGAGUCGUAGUAAGGGGCCGCUUCGCGAACGGCUCGGAUGACGACCGGUGCAUAUUCGGAGGGUUCCGAUCGUGAAAAAGUGUGGUGAUCCUGAAUGGCAAUAUGACCGAAAGGAUCACGUAGUGCGGUGCGACGUGUCUGCUGCGACACGGUACGACGACCUGUUCUCUUUCAGCGAGUGCCAAGUGAACGGUGGUGCGCGAAUCGUGUUUCGACCUAUAGAGAGGAUCACGCGGUGGGGUCGUCGGGCCAGUGUGAUUCGAUUCGCCGGGGGAUCCAAGCCGCAGACAUGCCGGGACAACGUGGUCCCGGUCGGCUCGGCGUAGAAUCAGCUGGCAUCGACUCGGUGUGAAUGUGUCGGGGACGGGGGUGAGAAGCAGAAGGGACUAAGAAGCGCGGGGGAGGAAAGGCAAGGAAAGGCAAAGCAAGGGAACGCGACGGGACGAGACGAGAAGAGGUUGUGGCGCACAAAAUGGGAGCAGCCUGGCGGGAGUUCGUGCUGGGAAGCGUGAUCCUUGGACUUUUUUCGAGUAGUCUGCUGAAGGGCGUGCUGACCAACUCGACGAACAGGUGCGACUAUCCGCCGUGCAACUGCGACCAUCAUGGCCGGCUGACCUGCGACUGUAAAAACGAGGGAGAGGAGCUUGUGUUGACCACGGACGGGGACAGAAGGCUGAGCCCGCAUACGAGCAGAAUAGUGGUGAGCAACUGUUCGUCCGUGAUCCUGGCGAACUCGAGCCUGGCGUCGAUGACGGGGCUGCGCUCGGUGGACCUGGUGAACGUGGCGAACCUGAGCCUGGUCAAGCAGAGCUUCGAGCUCUCGUCGCACAGCGCCCGGACCCGGACCCGGAUCACCGUGAGAAACAGCAGCAUCGACACGAUGCCGAGCUUCGUGUUCCGCGGGGACGUCGAGGCGAUCAGCUUCGAGAACGUGAGGAUCGGCCAGUUGAGCGCGUUCUCGUUCGCGAACCUCGUGCAAACGGAAACGCUGCGGCUGGAGAACUGCCGGAUCGACAGCAUGGAGGCGCAAGCGUUCAAGAAGUUCGACGUCGGCUACCUGCACGUGAUCGGCGGCAGUUUCGGCGAUCAGGUGCCGAGUAGAACGAUGAACGACAUCGAAGUCUAUCACAAGUUCAUGCUGGACGGCGUGAAAAUGGGCACGGUGCGAAGCGACGCGUUCAUCGUGCGAAGCCCGCAAACGGUGGCCAUCCAGAACUGUCUGGUCGACAGCCUGGAGAGCGAGGCUUUCGACGUGACCGCGCGCGGUGCGGUCAUCCUCAAGAACAACACGUUCGGCAGUCUGGCCAUCGGGGCGUUCCUCGGUAUCCGAGCCGACCCCGAAGCGAGAACGCCGUCCGGCUCCCCGCCGGCGAGCCUGCACGAUCUAAUCUUCAAGAAUAACAGCGUGGUGAAUUUCGAGGAGGGCUCGAUGAUGUUCGACCGGGCCAGCUUCCGCCUGGAGCUCGACAACCUCCUGGUCGAUCAGCCGUGCGACUGUCAGAUGCUGCCCGUUUGGAAGAACAACAUUCUCAAUUACACGAACGUUUACUCGAGGCUCUACACCAGACAGAACUCCGUGCUGACGCCCACCACGUUCUCGAGCCAGGACUCGAUCAGCGAGACGCCCGAGACGUUUCUGUGCACGGACGGCGAGGUGGACGGCGUCCCGACCAGCUUCGUCGACUACGAGACCCGUCAUUGUUCCCUGGGCGGGUCGGUGAUGAUGCUCGCGAUCGGGAUCGCGGGCCUCCUAGUCCUACUGAUCCUGCUGACCUGUCUGAUCGUCUGGUGCUGCAGGAGGCGCCGUCGGAACAGCCGGAAGAAAUGGAUCAGCGUGCCGACGAACGCGCCCGACGUCGUCUCGAAGAAGAACGGGGUGAUCGGCAGGGACACGGCCGCGUCGAACGCGCCGGUCGACAGCCGGAUAACCAUGGUGGUGCCCGACGGCAGGCUCUACAGGGAGACCGAGUUCCACGUGAUCGUCGAGAAGGCGGAACCGUUGACGACCGAGUUGUAACGAGAGCCGUCGCGCGGCUCGAUCGCAGCCGCGGCACCGCGAGACGACGAAGAACUCGAGUGGACGGACAGCCCGAGCCGAUUCCGCGUGUACAAGCUCUGAACGGCGUCUCACACCGCCGCACGCGGUUUACGUACUCGGUGUUACCGAGAGAAGUGCGAAGACGCUUUCGUUGUUGUUCGACCAGCCGUGCGACCUCCUCGAUCGGAAAAGCUCGCCGACGAGCUCGUACCAACGCGGUGGUUCCUCGACAUUUUUCACGUACUAUUUAACAAUAAGUCGCGCGUCUUGGGAACGAAUAGAGCGGGAGAUCUUGGAAUCCUAUUGUUUUCAAUUUAACCGACUAAUCCUUUUAGUACAAGCCAGUUCGUAAGCUUCCAUUCACAUAUCAGACGCGGCCGCCGAUUAUGCCGGCGCGGACACGACACGAUGUCCGCACGUUCCUCUUGACGAUUAAGAGCGUCCCCCCACUCCCCCCCUACUGGACGAAGGUGUCCCGCGGAUAAUCGGCCCGCGAUCUUAGUUUAAGUUUAUCGUUUAAGUAGCUUUCGAGGGACGGAGGUUCCCACCCGAGCGACGACUGCGGCGAUCAAGAAAGAAGAAGAGUCAGCGGGGAAAGUUCUGAAUCGAUUGAUUCGUGGGAGAGACUCGUCGACGGGAUUUCAUGUUUUUCUGCGUCGGUGAACGCGGCAACGUUCUACCGGGUCUCCGAGUGGAAACUAACGUGUAACUGUUCGAUCGAAUUUAGCGAGGGUGCGGAAUUCUUUCGGUCCGCCGGGGACCUUCGCUGAAGAAGCAGUGCCAUUCCUAUAAGAAACGCGAGUUUGUGUGUACGCUCGACGCGAAAGGACGUCCAAGAACGAGGUGGAAAGGUGAACGAACGCUGAUAAACGAGAACACCGUGAACCACUGUUGUAACACCCUCUCUCAGAAUUGAUCGCGUUUCUCACUGUGCUUGUAACACAAUAAAAAUAUUACCUGACAUUCCUUGACAAUACGGAUAUGAAAUGAAUCGAUGAGACGUACGAAGCUGUGUAGUUCUAAGGGCCGAGCCGGAGGGCCGGCGACACAACGUCAAAUUCUGCGAGAGCAUCCUCGAACGGAUUUUUCGCUCGGCGAGGAAUGCGCGACCCCCGCGCGCGAACCGCCUAACCCUAAUCCGCGGGAUCGUUGGUUCGUUUGUAUCGUUUUUUUUUGUCACUGCGAAACGUUUAUUUACGAGCUUGCGUCAUCGCCGAUGAAUUGUUGUUAUUGUUAUCAGUUGCGAUCAGUAUCCGAUAUUGACGAACACGGGGGACGGACCUCUGCGGACGUUAUCGGUUCGACUCGCGUACCCCUCCACCCCCUCCCAACCCCCUCUGAUCUCGUAACGGGUCGGCCGAUAAAGCGAGCGUAAAUUCACUGCGACAUCCGGAGCGCUAUUACAAACCUAAGCAUCUCAAGGUUCCGAUGAUUACCGAGCACUCGAGCGAUGAUCCGCGAGUCGCGCUGUUCCAGGAGAGAGGUAUUUCCCGCGGGGAAUUCGAAGAAGACGGACACAGCUGAUGCGACACGUUAUCCGAAAGCGGAAUGCAACGAUCGCGGCAUGCAGGCUCUAUCCCGGGAGCCAGCAGCUAUCUCUGUGCACGUGCGAGCGAUGCAUUAUUGAUGCGGACUUCGCGCGCCGAGACUCGCGGCGGCGUUGUUUCGGUUUCGCGGUCCGGAGCAGCCGGAGCAGGAAUCGCUCACCUCGGAGCCUUUUCAGGUUGUUUGACGACCUCCGGAGCCCGGUGGCCUUGGGAGGCGUCGAGGCGCGACCGAUUAACGGCGGCCCGCGAGAAGAAACUCGGGCCCCGCGGGAGCAUGUGGGCCCGCGCACGCAAUCAUCGUGCAGCACCGCGCGCGCGCGCGAAUUCGAUUUUCUAAGGACGGUUUAGUUGUAAUUUAUCGUGAGACUGUGAUAUAUAAACGACAGCCGAUUGUAUAAUUUGUUCUACGUCGAUCGGGUCGCGGCGACCGUCGAUCGCCAGAACCGGAGCGAAAGAGGAAACGAGAACGAGAGAGAAUGCGUGUGCGCGAGUGAAAGUGACAGAGAAAAUAAAGAAGCUGAGAUGCGCAUAGAACGACA